AUGGCUCACACAAUCACAGCCCAGGAACUGACAACAUUGUCCACCAAGGCCAUUGACGCCAAAGCGACUGCCUACUGCCCAUACUCCAAAUUUCGUGUCGGAGCAUGCAUCCUCACAACGUCGGGCGAGUUCAUCACCGGCGCUAACGUCGAAAAUGCCUCCUAUCCAGUCGGAACAUGUGCUGAGCGCGUGACCAUUGGCGCUGCUAUUGUCGCCGGCCACAGAGAUUUCAAGGCUCUGGCUGUCGCGACGGAUAUCAAACCUGCUGCAUCGCCUUGUGGGAUGUGUAGACAAUUGUGGGGCUUCUUCUUCUUCUUCUUCUUCUUCUCCUCCUCCUCCUUUAUUCGCGAGUUCACCUCGCCUUCGUUCCCGGUGUACAUGUAUGACGGGGAGGGAAAUCAUAAAGUCAUGACUAUGGAGGAGUUGCUCCCCGACUCUUUCGGCCCCGACCAUCUUAAAUAG